GGUUCAAUCGAUUCUCCUGCCUCAGCCUCCCAAAGUGCUGGGAUUACAGGCCUGAGCCACCGCGCCCGGCCACCAAGCAGGUUUUUAAAGGCAAACUUCUUCCUCAGUCAGGUGUGGCAGGCCCUGAGGGGGAAGCUGGGUGUCCCCACUCAGAUCCAGGCCCGAGUGGGCUGGGCGGCUGCAGAGCCAGUCACUUGGGCUGCGCAGGAUGGGAUCCCUGACUCCGACCUCUGUCCUGACACGCCCCAAGCGGCAGCAAUAAAGCCCCAAGCAGCCUGGGCCUGGGCAGGAGGAGCUGGGCCGGGUGCCAGAUACUGGGAUCAGCCACUGCAGCUCCCUGAGCACUCUCUCCACAGAGACGGGGACCCAGACAUGAGGAGGGUCCUCAUGGUCACCAGCCUGGUGGCUGUGCUGCUGUGGGAGGCAGGUGCGGCCUCAGCACCCAAGGUCCACGUCAAACACCGGCCCUCAGAGCAGGAGGCAGAGAACAGGGCCUGGGGUGCCCGUGUGGUGGAGCCUCCAGAGAAGGACGACCAGCUGGUGGGGCUGCUCCCUGUCCCGAAGCCGAAGCUCUUGACCGCUGAGAAGUCACCAGGUCAGGGCAGGGGCCCCGUCCUUCCAGGCAUUAAGGCCUCGGUGGAGACCGAGGACAUCCUGGGCCAUGUCCUAAGCCCCCAGCAGGGUCCUGAGCCCGACCAUGACAGCCUGCACCACCCUCCGCCCGAGGAGGACCAGGGCGAGGAGGGGCCUCGGUUGUGGGUGAUGCCAAAUCGCCAGGUGCUCCGGGGACCGGAGGAAGACCAAGACCACAUCUACCACCCCCAGUAGGGCUCCAGGGGCCACCACUGCCCCUCCCUGUCCCACGGCCCAGGCUGUUGGGACUGGAACCCUUCCUACCCUCCCCCUGCCAGAGGUAGGCAAAUAAACCCCAGCAGGCCGGGC